AUGGAUGGAGCAUCCGAUCACGAAGGUUAUCGUACUGAAUGUCAGAUAUCUGUGCGCAGAGGAAGACCAAGGUUUAAAAUAAGCAAAGAGCAACUUGACUUUUUUGUUGAAAAUGGAUUUGCAGUGCCUAACAUUGCUUGUCUGCUCAAUCUCAGUUGCAGUACAGUAGAAAUAAGGAUGAGAGAAUUUAGCAUUUGUGUGAGAAAUAAAUAUUCCAAUGUAUCCAAUGAAGGACUCGACAACAUUGUCCUCGACGUUAAAAGAAAUUUUCCAAACACAGUAUACAAACGAAUGAAUGGUUUCUUGUCUCAACGUGGGUAUACGGUUCAGCGAAGAGUUGACCCAGAGGGAGUAUUGUUGCGGGGAUUGGAAAUGAGAGUUAUAAAUCGUCGACAUUAUCGUGUUGCUCAGUUGCUGGUCCUCAAUGUUUAUGGCACAUCGAUGGAAAUUACAAAUUGA